AUGAACCAUCGGAACAGCUCCAACUCGGCUGAUUUCCUGCACUGCCAUUGUUGUCAUCGGGUAAGCAGUUCGAUGAAGAGUUCAACCAACUAUUUGUUUCGUUUCAGCCCUACUCUAACGACAUUUUGCCUGUAAAUUUGCUCAAUUCGGUUUGCUGUAAGUCAUGCGUUCGAGAUCUGGUAAAACACCCCGAUGGCAAGGUAAGCCCAUGUUUUGUUGUUUGAUUCCGAUUUUAGAUUAAAUGCCCGAGGGAUGCGGAGAAAUACCCAGUGAAUACAGCGUUUCUACAGAUCUUAGGACUUCCAUCGCCCGGGUUUUCUUUAGCCGACCAUCUAAAUGACGCCAAUGAGAAAGAAGUCGCAAGGAAUAUUGAGAAGAUACUGCUAACUCUCUCAGAUUUCUUCAAGAUUACUUUCUCAGAUGGCCCCGUCGAAGUUGUGAAUGAUACUUUGUCAAAGUUUGUUCAAAAACGAAUUAUUGGCAUUUUAUCUGCGCCUAUCUUGCUGCCUGACGGCCGUCAUUAUGUGGUAAAAUGCUCCAGGAAUCUGGUCGAAAGGAUUGUAACUGAGCUGGUGCUGAGUCGACAGACCUCGGCUCACAUCUCGUCCGCACUUUGGUCGGCUGUAAGAGCAAGAGGAUGCCAAUUUUUGGGACCGGGUAAGAAGAUUAUGGAUAAUAUGAAUUUUGAUGUCUGAAUCAUUUGUUUUUCACCAGAUUUUGCGCUUUUGUGGAUGAAUGGUUGUUUAAUGGUUCGAAAAUGUUUUAGCAAUGCAAGCCGAAGUUCUUCGUCUGGUUCUUCAAGCUCUAUCGGAAGGAGAAUUGAUCGCAAGAAAAACACUGGUCCUCUUCAUAGUCGAAGCAAUGGCCGAAGGUUUUCCUCAGGUCUCAAAAACCUGUGUAGGACACGUUGUUCAACUCCUCUACAGAGCCAGCUGUUUUAAUGUGAGUUUUUUAUAUUAUACUUGGUAGUUUUGAUGUUUAGGUGAUCAAAAGGGAUGGAGAAUCUUCGCUGAUGCAGUUGAAAGACGAAUUCCGGCAGUAUGCCGCGUUGAGAAGAGAACAUGACUCACAGAUUGUUCAGAUUGCCCUGGAAGCGGGACUCAGAAUAUCUCCGGACCAAUGGUCCCAAUUGUUAUAUGGCGAUGCUAGCCACCGCCAACAGAUGGAUCUGAUUGUUGAGCAGCUGACGGAACCGCAUUCUCUAACUCAGAACGAGCUCCAAGCUCUGAAACAGAUUCUGGAAGAGAAUGCUGACGAUGAGAAGGAAACGGAUCUUGUUUUAAACGGAAUGUCAGAUGUUUUGAAGUCCGAGCUGAAGGAAAGAUUUGAUUUGUAUGAUGUCCUGGGUAUUCUGAGGAAUGUAGAAGCGAUUGUAAACAAAUACGCGCAGAUCACAAGAGCGUAAGGAAAAUUUUUAUAUUUUUUGUUUAGUGCAAUAUAGAUUUUGAUGUUUUGGUUUUAAAAAUAAUGUUUUAGCAAGAAUUUUGAUCCGAAGGGUAUAAGGAAGACCGACUUGAAGGUUGUGGCACCGGUUAAUGGACAGAGAAUGUAUAAGACGCGGUUUUGCAGGUAAAAAUUUGGAUUUUUAUUUUUAUGGCCUAGUGUAAUAUAAAUAUUGUAUGAAAAUGACGUGAAAUUCAAAUUGCUUGGUGAAGCAUUGCCGAUUAUGAUGUUAUUCACUGGUUUCUUUUCAGAGAUGUGAUGGUUGGUCGCCCAUGCCCUCGAGGCGAUAGAUGCACCUAUGCCCAUUCGUCGACGGAAAUCCGCGGUAACUCGGGUCAAGGUGAGUUUACGGAAGAAACAAUGGACGCAGAAUGUCCUGAAACUCAAUCGGAUCAAUAUUUAACGGCCAGUAAUUUAUGGGUGAAAUUACCUUAUUUAGGUAAUUUUGGUGUCAUGUGGAAUAUAGAAAGGGAGAUUUGAGACUGUUGUGAUGGUCUAUUAGGGUAUUGGUAGAUGUAUUAUUGUAGUAGCCUGUCUAUACUUUCAGGAAUGCCGAUGGAAACCCCGUUAAUGCCCCAUCAAUUCACUUCCGUCGACGUUUUGACCCAUCAAUUCAAUGAGGUCCAGCUCGACGCCCAACAAAACAUUCCUCAGCAACUUGCACCUCAAGACAUGAUGGAUCAAGGCCUUGUCAUGGACGGUGGAUUCCAUCCGGCGAACCCAAAUAACAACGGUCCGCCGGUUGUUGUUCCAGUUGUUAUGCACCAUCAGGAUAUGCAAAGUGGAUUGGUACAGCCGAGCUUGACUCAUGCAUUGAUGGUGAGUUUAAAGGUGAUUAGAGAGGAUGAGUAGGGCUAAUGAUUAGGUUGGUGAAGGUAUGAAAAAGGUGUAGGGACUUUUUUCAUAUUGUAGUAGAUGGUAAAUUAUUUUAGAUAUUUAACAUGUUUGUGGGGGUUUGGAAUUUUGGCGGGGUAGAUAUUUGACGUUGUUUUUGAUGAAUUUUAUUUAUUUUUUUGCACUUCAGAUACCCAACAACGAUCCAAACUCUGGUGGCACCCUCCUCUUGCCAUCGGACUCAUCCAAUCCAGUCCCUCAACAAAUGCCCGUCCAGCUGACCCCGAUGAUGCCAAAUGAUGUUGGCAUGGUCCCCCUCCUCUCGAACACGGUCCUGGUCCCAACUCAGCCCAUGAACCCACCAAUGGUCACUCAGCCCGUCCCUCAAGGCAUGCAAAUGGCCGGCGGAACCCCGGUCCCACCAACUCUUCAGGCCCCAUUGGCUGGCCAGAUGCCGGUCCAACUCAACGGACCUGUUCCAGUUGGAGCACAGGUCCCAGUCGGACCGCCGGGCCACCCGAUGCCCCAGACUGUGGCCCCCACUGCGAUGAUGUUCAACCAGAACACCUUCUGGUACUCGGAACAGUGAGUUGGUCUAAUCAGACGUCUCUCUCGUUGUCUUUGUCCCUUCUUUUCCACUCUGUCUAUGUUUUGUCUGCACCCUCUGCAUUUCUGCGCUAUAUUUUGUAACUUUUAGGCGAUUUUUUUUUGUCGGAGUUAUGAGUUUUUUUGAAAAGACGGUGAAAAAUCGAAAUUUUUUGGUGUUUUAGUCUAAUUGGUGGUUUUUUAGUGAUUUUUAGCGAAAUAGGAGAUAAGGAAUGAGUUAAAACUUUGUUUAUUUUACGACUUUUAACCAAGGAUUUAAAAUUUUUACAACUUUUUGAUCGAUUUUUUGGAUGUAUGUCAAGUACAAUAUUGUAGUGUAACUUGCACCCACAGCGUGUUUAUAGAGGGAAUUGGGUACUUUUAUUGCGUAGAGAAUGUCUGAAGCCGCCUUUAUCAUACGUUAAUAUAGAAUCACAGGUCGUUGUUUUGUAAUACUUAUAUCGUAUUUUAGUUGAUAACUCGAGUUGAACGGCGUUUUUUUGUCUGCUUUUACUACUACUAUUUAGACGUUUUUUUUAUUUGUUGGUUGUGUUGUUGGUUUCUGUGAAACUCAAGCACCAGUCAUCUUAAUAUUUAUCUUAUUCGUUGAAUAUUUUUGCCGUAUAUAAACAAGCCAAUAGUUGAAAGAUUGGACUCGGCAUUGUUUGAAAAAAAUAUUUUUUUUUUGGUUUUUUGAAUUUAAAAUUUUAGUGGAUGAUUAAAAAAUGUUUAGAAGUAAAAUGGGUGUGAUUUAGAGGACUUAGAAGCCAUUUUCGAGGGGUUAGUUUGGGUGUGGUAAGGACCAAGGCAAAAAAUUUGAGAUUUUUCAAGUUUUGAAAAUAGUAAAAUUGUAUGGUAAAAAGCCCUAUUAUAGAAGUAAUUUAUUAGGAUUAACCCAAUUUGCAGCAUUUCAGGUCAUUUUGACUCCAUUUUCAUAUUGAAAAUGGUCAAAAUACCCCCGUUUUUUUGAAUAUUUUACCCUUAUUUUUUUCGGAAAAUGUGAUAUUUUGUAUGAAAUAUUUGUUUUCUGAAUAAACUUUUUACUGUUUUCUCUCGUACUCGGCUUGUUUUCUCACUACUCUAAAAAAUGUUGCUGUAUUUUUAUUCAAUUUCUUAAGUUUUUUUUUAAUUUUUAUUAUUUUUUUUGAAUGUUUCUCAGGAGUUUCCAUAUUCGAUUUUUUUGAUGUUUGAUCUGUGAUUUUGAUUGUGUUCGGAUUAUUUUGCGAUAAUUAUUUGUGUAUAAUUUUAGUUUCUUGCCUCGUUCCGAGCAUAAAUCCUCGUCCGGCCAACAGUUCGGCUCCGGCCAUGUGCAUCGGCCGGCCGAGUCGGCGCUCCGCUUCCCCGAUUCCAUCUGGGAAAUGCACGAUGAUCAGAUGUUGUUGGCGAGAAGGAAUGAAAUCGUCUCGUAAGCUUUUGAUUGGGAAAAUUUAUGUUACACUUGACAAAAAAUUUUCAAAGUGAAGAUUUAUUUUCUUUUAGAUGUCUAAAUAAAAUGAUGAGAGACGAUGUGAUGACUACGGAGGACGACGACGACUCCAGGAGGUAAGAAAGAUCGAAAAAUUUUUUUAAUUCGAGACCGGACCUUAUUUUUGGCAAAAUUUUGUUUUUGGUCGAAAAUUAUUUAAGAACGGGUUUAAGGAUGCGAAUUGCUGUGUUCAUAUGAGAAAUUAGAGUGGAUAAUAUCAUUUUUUGCAGUUUUUUGUGAGCAGUUUGAUUAGUUUUGGAUAAAAAAAUUAUUUUUUGGACCUUAUUUUAGUGAAAAUGUUGAAAAUUUUUAGAUUCCGUUUUUUUGUUGUAUAUGAUCUAUAAGUCUGAAUUUAUAUACUUGAUUAUAAUUCCAGCCAUGUCUCCUACACUGUGGCGAACUCGGUUCUCUUCGACGAAUUCGAUAUGAUCCCAAAUACGAAGCUGGAACUGCCCCCCUUACCCUCUCUGAACACCCUCCCGAUUUCAUUCGCCGACGCCGGCAUUGUCCCACCCCCGGUGUUCCCCGCCGGCACACCCCGCGACCUAUGUCAGCCCGGCUCCACGGGCUCGGAUUCGAAGUCUCGGCUCGAUUCCAUGAGCUCGGCCGACUCCCAGUUCAACAACGAGUUUAAUUCCCCGAAAAAGAUCUCAACCUCCUCGAUCCCGACCAGCCUCUUCGGAACGUCACCUCAGAAUGUCCUCAACAUGGUCAAGACGAUGUGCCCGACCACAAUGUUCACUCAGAAAUCGACGGCCCCGGCAACAGUGCAGGCGGAUUGCUCCGUCAUGAAUGUGAAGGAUAUGUUCGAGAAACCGCUCGUGAUUUCGACUAUUCAACAUAGUAAUUGUAGGUUGGGAGGGAAUGGGAAAUGGUUUUGGGGAUCUACAGGGAUUUUUGGUGUUAUUUUAGGUGGUUGAAACAGAAUGCCAAAAAAUUUUGGUUUUAGCGGGAAAUUGUAAAUUUAAAAAAUGUUAAAAAUUGAUGAUGUGAAAGUUCAAAAUUAAAUUUUUGGAACCUCAAAUGAAGGUUUAUACAUGAUUUUGAGCCGUUUUUUAGAGCUUUUUGUCAAGUGUAAUAUAAAUUUUUCGAUGUUUUAACUUUUUUUUGGGCUAGCUUACAAUAAGGCUUACGGUGGAAAUGCAGUCUUUAUUCGUUGUUUAGGCUAUGAUUUUGAAUUGUUAAACGUUUUAUAGAAGGUCUAUCUAAAAUUAACUUUUUCAGUAUCUCCCCAAGCCUCUUUCGAAAUGGUGGACCCAAUAAACAUGGUGGACCACGUACCGCAAGUAAUACGACCGUUGUCCCUCAAAUCCGACCCCCAACACAUUGUGUCGGCGACGCUGGACCGAAUCCUGAACGUGAAGGAGCGCAUCUACGACGUGGACAAGAUUGGCGGAUCGGGUUCGGCGGUGGAGAAGGCCCAACUCAAACUGGAACUGAACAUUGUGAACCGGCAGAUCAACUCGUUGGACACCCCCACCCAACAAAGCUGUCUUCUCAAGGAGCUGGAAGCGGUGGACAAGCAGAUCGAGGACAUGAAUGUGGUCGCAUGA